UUGAUUGUAUCUGAAUUAUUUAUUCAUUAUAUUUUAAGAUUGUAAUCUUAAUUUAAAAAAUCGCUUUUUCACAUAAUUAUAGACUAAGACUUACUUUAGAUAUUAAUUUGAUUAAGUUGAUUGUAUGUUUUGUUUAGAAAUUGAAUGAUACAAUUCCACUGUUAUAUUCUUCGAUCUUAUUUUUCCUUUUAAUCCAAAAAUGACGGAAACUGCAACCGAUGAUGGAGAUUUUAGGCAAAAGGGCUUCAUUUGCGGCGUAGUUGAAGGCUUUUACGGCCGUCCUUGGACCACGGAGCAAAGAAAAGAUCUAUUCAUAAAACUGAAGAAAUGGGGCAUGGACAUGUAUGUGUAUGCUCCGAAAGAUGAUUACAAACAUCGGGCUUACUGGAGGGAGUUGUAUACCGUGGAAGAGGCUGAGCACCUAACUUCUCUUAUAUCUGAAGCAAAAGCCCAUGGGAUAACAUUUUGUUAUGCUUUAUCCCCCGGUCUUGACAUAACAUACAGUAGCCAAAAGGAAAUAACAACUUUAAAGCGGAAGUUGGAACAGGUCUCACAAUUUGGGUGCACAUGUUUUUCUCUGCUAUUUGAUGAUAUUGAGCCAGAAAUGAGUGAAGCAGAUAAGCAGAUAUUUCAAAGUUUUGCUCAUGCACAGGUAUCUGUAACAAAUGAAAUUCAUCAACACCUAGGCUGUCCCCGAUUUCUAUUAUGCCCAACUCAGUACUGUUCAACUAGAGCUGUACCUACAGUCAAUAACUCUGAGUAUCUUAAUACUCUGGGUACAAAGCUUUCUCAGGAGAUUGAUAUUAUGUGGACAGGCCCAAAGGUGAUAUCUAAGAUAUUGACAACAGAAUGCAUAGAGGAGAUAACACAGGUGCUGAGACGACCGCCGGUGAUCUGGGACAAUUUGCAUGCUAAUGAUUAUGAUCAGAAACGGAUAUUUUUGGGGCCAUACUGCGGCAGGUCACCAGAGCUGAUUCCAUUGCUCCGCGGUGUGUUGACGAAUCCCAACUGUGAAUACAAUGCUAAUAUGAUUGCUAUUAGGACCCUCGCGCACUGGGCUAGUUGUAGCUUGGAUGCGCCUACGCAUAAUGAAGCAAUAUCAUGGGAUAUAAAACUGGAAAGAGAGAGUGAGCAAGGUGUAUGUGAAGACGAUGUACCUCUCACUCUAGCGAAACAUGUUUAUCAUCAUAGACAGGCAUUAAGGCAAGCGAUAAAUGAAUGGUUGCCCGAAUUCUCGAUACCGAAAACUGCGCAGGGACCUGUAAUCAAACCACAACCGAAUGUGACGCCGGUGGCAAUAAUACCCAUAGUGCCAUCCGUCAACACGUGCAUGUCCCUCGUCAGCACAACGACCACUGCCACUACCAGUACAGCGGAUCGGCCUGCCGCCAUUCCCACUGUUACCACAACCCAUUUACAAGGACUGCCUGACAUGUGUCACUCGCAUGUCACAUCGUCUUUGACAACUACGAUGACACCAUCGGAAACAUUCAAUCCAGUUUCGAAUCCGGUCAUGAAUUCCCUGGUUUCUGCGAGUAAAGUGAUUUUGAACGAAUCUAUACCAAAUCCGAUAAUUCCGAUCGCUAAUUCCAAUGUGUCCAUGCCGUCGGAAAUUCCAGUUUCCACGCUUCCAGUGCCCAUAUUAGGACUUAAAACAAUCGAUGAUAAGGAUGAGGCUAUGGAGAAGUUGGAUGCGAAUGAACUUUCUAAUGACAGUGAACAUAGCUUCAUGGAUGUUAGGAAGGAAGAGGAAAUUAUUGUUGAUGAUGAACGCAAUGGGGAAAUGAGUCUUGGUGACACGCCACAAACGUUAAGCCCCACCCGUGUCGCUCCGGAAGUGGGUCUGGAGCCGUUGGACGUGGAUCUACCGUCAAACAUCGUUACGGACUCAGAUGUCGUUAUGAAUGAUACAUAUAGCGAGAAUGGUUCAAUGCAAGUGGAGCCAAGUAAUAGCCCUCUCAGUGGAGAUAUGAUGGUUGAGCAUAUUGAUGUUACUGAUGAAUCAUCAGAUUCCCUUAAAGAGAAUCAGUUGACAACGGAUGAUCUUCUUCUACUCUGUGACUUGUUCUAUCUGCCUUUCGAGCACGGCUCUCGCGGUCUCCGGAUGCUUCAUGACUUCCAUUGGCUGACUUCUCAUGCUGCUAGUAUACUGCCUAGAGGCAGUAAGCCUGAGACGAGUGAAUGGCGUCGUCGACACCGUCGUUUCACGUGGUGGGCGCAGCGCAGUCGUAGGCUCGGGCGAAGACUUGCGGCCGCGCCUAACAAAGAACUGCACGCUGAGUUACGCCCGUAUCUUUGGGACUUGUGCGCUGUUUUGGCAUUAUUGUCCGCCUUUUUGAAGUGGCUAGAGCUUGGUAAAUUUCCUGCAAACAUCGCAACGAACAUGCAAGGAAGUUAUACAUGGUUCUCGAAAGGUUGGCGGGAGGCGUUCGAGAGUGGUGCUCAAGAGCCGUGGGUGUUCCGUGGUGGUUUAGCGGCUGACUUGCGUCGUCUUGUACCUUUGGAUUGCGGCCCGGAUUUGAGACACUCCCUUCCAAAUGCAAUGCCGCCUCUAUUAUGUACUGCGCCACAGACCGUACGACCUUAUAUGCCGAGCGAUGAAGCUCAGGUGUGUACCAUCUGUCACAAGACCUGUCGUGAUGGAGGUGACUGCAGCGACCUGUUUCCGAGCGACCUUCAGAGUUUGCCAGCUGAUAGAUUAGUAAUGCCCUUCCUAACGCUGACACCGGAGUUGUGUAUGGUGAUAGAAGAUGACGGAGAUUGUUUAUCUGAGGAGACAGCGGAGAACGACGAUGACUUGGAAGGAGAUAAACCUGAAACCAGCAACCAAGCAAAUGGAUCCAAGACUGAAAUAAUUGGGUACGCCUGUGCGGUACUCAAUAGCAAGGAGUUCUACAAGAAACAAGAGAUUGCUUGGAUACCGGAGAUGUGCGUUAAAUACCCAGAAGAACUAAUACAAAGAGAGGAUCUAAGCCAAGCUGCUAAGGACUGCGUAGGUCACUUCCACCAAUUCAGUACAUUGGAACGCGCUCCAGAGGCGGUCAGUGCGUCCCACCCGGCACUGCUAACAUGUUGUGUUCUUCGCGAUACAAGAGAUCCGCAUGCGCCGGCAAGACUGCUUACUUGUUUACUUGCUGCACUACGGGCAAACGGUGUAAACGGCGUCCAUGCGUGUAUCAACUCGACUGACCACUAUUUGCUGCAGUUCUAUAACAAACUUGGCUUCGUCGAGUUAUCCCGUGACAAUGGACGUGUUUACCUCGCACGAUCCUUCUAGCGCCCAUACCUUUGUAUGAGGCUGCUACGAACUAGGAAGCAGUCCUAAGGAUGAACACACUAAGCGACGUUAUUCGAAAUCACUUGAGCUGUAACCUUAACAGAAGUAAUACAGUUUCUAUUCUAUUAUUGCCCAAAAGAUUUUAAAUCGAUUUUUGUGAUUUAAAUCUCUCCACUACUAAGCACGUAUUUUAAUAUGGUUGGCAAUUAAUAUUUUCUAUGCAUCGGUAAGUAAUUUGUAAUAUAUUUAUUUUUUAUGACGGACGUUUUCGAAUAAAUCAAAACUUAUGCAUAAAUAUAUCAAUUUUUUAAAAUUAAGUUCACAAUUGCAAAUUAAACUUAAAUACGAAUAAGAAUUCGCUACCACGCAAUUUCUUUCCAAUUAUGUGUUGAGAUUUAUGAGUGAGAAAUCGAUUAGCUCGAUUGUUAAAAGUAUGGGUUUCAUUGACAUGGUCACGUGACAUGGUUUUUGAAUGCGCUAUCUGUGGUCCGAAUUCUAUCAUGUAAAUAUUUAUACUUAUUUACUAAAACUAAAGCACCACACACAUUUUAUUAUUGAUGUAAUUUAUAGUUUAUUGGUACUAACGUUUUUAUACAGUGAACACAUCAUUUUAUAAUUUUUUUUUGGUUCAUUACAUUAUUUGCAUGCAAGUUUAUAUUUGUCAAAUUAUUAUGAUUUAGUUUAUAAGUAGGGAUAAGACUAUUGCGUAGAGCAAUUGUACUGGCCCACUGCUAACUUUAAACUUGACAGUUCCGUCGUUUGUCACUGACAAUUGACAUUCGUAAGUUAGUUGUAAUUUUCCACAGACUAUAAGGGGAUAAUUUAAGAAAAGAACGGUACUUUACAACCAACUUGACCUUAAGAAAUUUAAUCUGUAAUAUAGCUGUUUGGUAUCAAGGAAAUACGGUUCAACAAAAAAAAUAUUUUUGUAUUGUGUCGUCCAGUCCAGGAAGGCUGUUUCAAAAUCGCGAUAAUUAUUCCUUUAUGUGAGCUGACGAUGUAAGUUAUGCAAAAAAACUUGUAGGACGAAAGUAACUAAACUAACUAAAUUUAUAAAAAAAAUUGUGACUGUUUAUCUUUUAAAGUUGAUUCAAUAAUCAAAAUUGUUAUAAAUAUUUCAUAAGAUAAUGCGAGUAUUACAACAUAGUCCUAGUCAAGAGUUGAGCGGAGUUUAGGGAUUGUGAUAUUUUGGACGCCUGUAUUCCAAAACGUGUUUCAAAAUCUAGUUUUAUGAUUUUAUUUACGUAGAAAGUUAUUAAUUAUUAGUGUUCAACAUUAAAAAAAUCUUACAGUUGAUUAUACUGCCGUUUAACUAUCAAUUUUAAAGCUAAAGUGAAUUAACUAAGUUUUAAAUAUAAGGUAACGACAAGGUUCUAUCAUAAAUGUUCGAAAGGAGUCCGAAUUGCCGGGAUGAGAUUCAAGAGUCUGGACUUGGGACAGCGUGCAACGUUUAUCACUGAAGUCGUAGGUUUGAUCCCCAGCUGUAGUCCAAUGGACUCGCGCAAACGUUGAAGGAAAAUAUCGUGAGGAAUCCGGUCUUAGAGCCAAAAAGUUCACGGCGUAUGUCAGGCACAUAUCAUCUUUGAUUCUUACUUGCCUAUUAGAUUGACAAAUGACCACACAGAUACAGAAAUCUGCAGCCCAGACUUAGAAAAAGAUUGUAGCAUCACUGUUUUGUAUAAACCUGUAUCGACACUAAAUUUUACACACUAAAACCCGCGUAGCGUAUUACAAGACAUAGGUCAGAAGAAGAUAAGAAAAAUACUGUUUUAGUUUGUAUACCUAAGGUAGGUUAAUAAUUAGUGUUUUAUAAAUAGAUUUGGGACGUUUUAGGAUACGCAUGUGUGCUCUAGGUAGGACAGAUCGAAUACUCUAGGUAAAUCGAAGCAUUUUUUAUUAGACUUGCUAUUUACCUGUAAAUCAUUGAUUACAUAUGGUUUUAAAUAUGACCAAAUGUAUUUAGAUUUGAUUGAUUUUGGCUUUUUAGCAAACUCAAACUCAAAAUAUAUUUAUUCAUAUAGGUAAAUUAGUACACUUAUGAACUUCAAAAACAAGUUAAAUUAAUUGUAAAUUUACAUUUACUACCAG